AUUGAUAAACUUUUGUUCACUAGAGUCGAGAAUUCAGAAUUAGUUUUUAAUUUUUAUAGCGGAUGCGAUUUCUCAAUUCACCUCCGAUGAGGUUUGAGCCUUAGAGGUUGAUUGUUGAAAUGAAAUGUAAUGUCAGUGAGGUUUAUUUAUUUCAAAUUAUUUUUAUUCCUUUACCUAAAAUUGAUAGGUAUUGAAAAUGCGCAGUGAAUAUAUUCAGAACAGCAUAAUUAUCUUAUGAGCAUAUGUUUGUAUGUAUAAGUGUUAUAAUAGGUUGUAAUAAUACGAUUGUAAUUAAAUAUUGAAAUUUGUAAUGCUUGCAUAACAUGGUCGUGAUCCCCGGCUACUUUGGUUUGUCAUUUUCGCGUAAAUAUGAAUAGUUUGUAUGCAAAGUUUUUGCUAAACACGUGUAUGAAAUUAGAUCUGAAAAUUAAGAAUAAAGUAUUGUUCAGUAACCUUCAUCUGAAUCAAAGUAAACCUGCCGAUCAGCAACGAAACUUUAAAACUACAUGCUAUAGCUAUUUUAGCGUAACAGACACUGAAUAUGCACUUAAAGAUAUAACAGUCAUCCCAUCGCCGCAAGAAGUCACUUUUAUUCUGCGGAAAAAUGAAUUCAACAAAGAAUUCACGAAAGGUUCAAUUAAAUCAUAUGACUCCAAUCAGCUUGCUUCAAAUGACCCUAUUGAAGAUACCAGAGCUGAAGGAGUUUGCACAAUGUCCCCAGGGAUGCUCCUGGGUAUAUUUGAUGGACAUGGUGGGCCACAAUGCGCUCAGGUGGUGUCAAAGCGACUGUUUAACUACAUAGCAGCUGCACUCCUACCAGCAGAUGUUCUUAACAAGUUCCGAGAGGGUGACAUGACACCAGAGAAAUUGGUGGAAACUUUUAAUGAUAAGAUGCAAAUGGUGGAAUAUUUAAAGGAUAAAUAUCGUCAUAGUUUCAAACAAUAUUUGUCGGAUCUUGUAGCUGAACCUAGGGAAACAACUGUCCAGGCUUCAUUAGAAAAAGCAAUAAUGAGAUUAGAUAGUGACUUGUCGAAGGAAGUGAUUGAUGCCUACAAGUUGAAUGGUGAAGUGAAUUAUAAAGUCUUAUCUGUUGCUCUGUCUGGGGCAGUAGCAUGCGUCGCCCACAUCGAUGGUCCGCAUCUCUACGUUGCUAAUGUCGGGGACUGCAAUGCUGUGCUGGGCACCAUGACAGACGAAAAUGAAUGGAUUGCCAAAAAGAUAACCAAAGAGCACAAUGCUGAAAACUUCGAUGAACUCAAACGAAUCUGGAAUGAACAUCCUGAUAGUGAAAGAAAGACUGUGAUAAGAAGGGAUAGGUUGCUUGGAGAGUUAGCACCUCUUCGUAGCAUAGGUGACUACAGAUACAAGUGGCCGGCUGAGCUUCUCGAAAAAUUGGCCACGCCAUUCAUGGGUCCCAGGGCAAUACCUCCCAACUAUUUCACUCCCCCAUAUCUAACAGCAAAGCCUGAUAUUUACUACCAUCGACUGACACCUAAAGAUAACUUUUUAAUAAUAGCUUCGGAUGGUCUUUGGGACAUGAUGACUCCGUUGCAAGCUGUCAAAUUGGUUGGUGAACACAUGAAAGGAAAAGUGUUUUUUAAUCCAUUAAGUUUGCCGAAAAAAAAUAUUCAACUAGGAGCUAUUGACGAACUUUUGACGCACAGAAAGGAAAGUUUGAAAAGUAAACCUAAAGAUAAAAAUGCUGCGACUCAUCUUAUUCGUCACGCCAUCGGAGGCACGGAGUAUGGAGUGGACCACUCGCGACUGGCGCACCUGCUCACGCUGUCACCCGACAUCAGUCGCUCGUUCAGGGACGACAUGACGGUCACCGUCGCUUACUUUGAUCCUGAAUAUCUUAGACAAUGUCCAUCAUAACGUUGAAACGAAGUUUUGUGCCUUUUUUCGGUUGUAUUUUAUCGAGACGCCGCAUUAGUGUGAAUAUUCAGUGCUCCAAAAGCAAAAAAGUUAAGUCAAUUUCAUAAUGGUUGUAGCUGUAAGCAAUAUACAUAUACGAUUGGAGUUUCUUGCUUGUUCUCCGCUGCACAAGUAGAAAUUGGAACGAGUUAACUAAAUUUACGGAUAUAGCGGACAGAACGAAGGAUAAUUACUUUAUUUCGACGUUUAAAAGUGCCUGUAUGAUUUAUUGAAAGAAAAGCUUUGAAUUAGAGUUUGAGAGGCCGUGACCCAAAACAGCGAGUGCCUUCUUCACGCGCUAUCGUGGCGUCUCGGUGACAUGUUAACCAAAAUGCAAUGUUUUGCCUAUUUACAUUAAAACUAAGAUUAUUUUAGUAUACAAAAUAUAUUUGUGUGUGUGUUUGUGUAUUUAUGAUCAGUAGUAAUUUAUGUUUUUAAUUAUUGUCGCUGGCGCCUUUAAAUUUAAGUAAUUUAUUAAAUUUUACAAAAAUAGUCAAUAUAAAAUAUUUGAAGUAGUCAAUAUAAAUUGGUGCAUUUAUAUUUAACGAUAUUCUGUAUAUUACUUUAUUAUGAAGUUGCUUCUAUAUUACGUAACCAUAGGUUGUCCCGAUUUAUCUACCAUCCAAAAUAAUUUUAUAAACAUUUUAUUAGAUAUUUCAUUUAAGUAUAAUCUGAUGUUUGGUGCAAAAUAGUCCUAGUGGUACUAUGUAAUUUAUCGUAGAAGUCACUUGAGGUUAUUGAUCAUAUUUAAAUUCAAUUGUAGGUAGGGUUUGCAGUUGCACACAACAAGUUUUUGGUUUCUAAUAGUGAUCAAUGGUUCAAUGUUAAUAUUUGGGUUAGACAUAUUAUCAAGGAACAUUACAUUUGUAGUAUUUGAGGAUUUAACCAAUACAAUGAAAAUAAUAGGCGUUCCUGUAAAAAAAUAUUGUUGAUGUUAUGGUAUAUAAUAAAAAAAAACAGAUAAUUUGAUGAAUAGAUUUUGUAUGAGUAAUAUAUAAUUUGUAUGGUCCAUAUCUAUUAGGAUUUGAUAUAUUGAUUAAUUGAUUAAUGAGAUACAAAGAAAUUAGUCGUGAUUUUAUUCAGAUAUGCAACAUAAUACUAAUCUGAUGCCUAAAGUAGUGGAAAUGGACGAAAAGUAAUAUAAAUUAGCUCACAAAACAAUAAAUACGGGUCGUACUGAACUCUAGUAGUUCAGUCCAACCAUAGACUAUAAAUUAGUCUAUGGCCAAAACUAAUAAACUUGUAAAUACACAAUUAGAUACUUAUUUAAUUAGAAAUACUCAAUACAUGUGAUAA